AUGCAGAUUGAAGUCUUCGGAGGCAGCUUGUUAUUCGCUCUCAUCAAUCAAUGCCACAAUGAAUGGCCUAAAAACUUGUAUGAGAGCAUUGGUGAUUUGCUUCUCUUACCUCACAUUCAACAGAUCGUGUCUGAGGAAUGCGUUGAUGAUUUCAUCAGACUAUUGGAUGCUUGCAGCUCGGUCAGAGAUCUUAUCUCACUUGCAAAGCAAGACGUAAGAGAUCUUCUCUCUUCUGUAAGGAGAAAGGAUGCUCAUGGCAUCCAUGCCUACCUUGCUUCAAGAAGAAACUCGAAGAAAAUGAUCCAAAAGUGUUUGAAGAAGUUGAGACGUAGCGCCUCAGCCACUUCUGAGAACAUUUCCAUGUUGAAAGAUGCAGAAUCUGUUGCCAUUUCCUUGCUCGAGUCUCUGUUGUCCUACGUGUUGGGGACGAAGGUGCACGGAAGCAAGAGAUCCCUGCUGUCAAAGCUGAUGCACUCCAAGAAAGCGGCAGACAACGAGAAUGAGUUCAACAAGCUGGAUUCAUUGUUGCAACUGAAUCAAGAAAACGAGCUCAUGAAUCACUUGAAAGAGAUGGACUCAAGCAUUCAAGUUCUUGAAGAAGAACUUGAAUUCAUCUUUAGACAAUUCAUCAAAGCCAGAGUUUCCCUUCUCAAUAUUCUCAACCACUAG